GAUCACAAGUGUUAGUUUGUGGAGUUUUUGCAGUGAUGGAAGCUAAACUUGAUAAGCUAGAAGCCAAACUCGACGAGAUACAAUUUUCUGUUACACAAAUGUUGCUCAAGAGCUAUCAACAACAGUUUGAGUCACCUCAAUGUUAUCCACAAGAGAAUUUUGAAAAUAUUUGGUGUGACCCACCUUGCUAUCAUCCACAAGGGCAAUUCCAACAGCCUAUUUAUGCACCACCAUGCUACUACCUGCAAGAGGAAUUUCAAUAUCCUUUUCAUGAUCCACAUCAUUCACAAGAGGAAUUCCAUCAACCUUGGAAUGAUCCACCCCAAUUUUUGGAAGACCUUUCAAAGCAAUAUGAAGCAAACCAAGCCCAGUUUCAACAAUCUCGACACGAGGAACCUUCCAUAUUGCAAGAAAUUCAAGACAUGUUGAACCAAAUGUCUGCAAAUCUCAAUGCAAAUGCUAAUCAACACCUGCAAGAUACUGCGAAUUUACAAGCUCCAGUUAACGAGCUAGUUGCACACGCUCCCACAUUGCAACAUGAAGCUGAUGCAGAGAUUGAUGAUGAAGUUAAUCCUUGUGUUGAUACUCAUCUUGAUGCUAGCACUGAUGGUUCUGGUGAUGUUAAUGAGUUUGAAGUCGAUGUUGCUUCUGAUGCUAAUUCUAAUGAUGAGGACAACAAACAAGAAAUAUAUCUCCCUCUUCCACAUAGAACUUAUGAGAGUGAGAAGAUUUAUCCUAGUGAAGAAGAAAAUAAGUUGUUGGAUGAUUUCAAGAAGUGUUUUGCAGGGCAUGAAGUUAAGAAGAUGGAUGUAGAAUGUGGUUCUAAAUUAGUGGUACACAUGCUCGAAAAAAGUUUUCACUCAAAUUGA